CUCUAUUUCCUUGAUUGUGAUAAGGUGUUUUGCUUUCGCUAAUAACAAUCUUAGGAUGGUAAUAUGUUUUAAACAAUGCUACUAGAGUAGACUGGAUUUAUAUCCAUUGAGAUAUCUCAGUUCUUCCUUACAUAAUGUGUUCCAAAUUCUCUUGGGAAUAUCGAGUUACCUGUCAAGUACCCUCUGGGACGAAGCUGAGAGCGGUCUAACCAUGGGAUGUCCAUUGUUCUACGAACUCAGUGGCUGUUUGACUGAGCCAUCUUGUGUAUGACUAGCAUGAAAUCUCGUGAAGAUUAUUUUUGAAGACUAUGCUGUGCGUUCACCGAGAAAGUUCAGCUCCAACUUUGCCUAUUCAACAGUUUUAUAUUGGAAGCGAUGAUAGUUAUGGUAUUGCUGAUGAGAUACAUAAUUCCACCGUUCUGCCUGUUCAUCAAACAAAACAUAGCAUAUCGUCUAAUGAACCUGUGAAAUCUAUUUUAAUAGAUUACUGUAAACAAAAACCCAUUUUGUACUCACAACCUGUUGUAGCUGAUUUACAUUUACGACCAUCAUGUGUUCAAGAGAUAACUAGUUUUCCUGGUGAGACACCAACCCAAUUAUCUACAAAUUCUGAUCACCAAUUUAACCAACCAUCAAGAACCACUGAUGGCCCUGUUGAAAAUCCUAAACCACCUAGUGAGCCAACUAGAAAUAUUCGACCUGAUAUCCCAGAUAAAGAAGGAUAUGAAAUAAAUGAAGAUUUUUUACGCGAACCAGCUCCAAAUGGUGGUUGGGGUUGGCUUGUUGCACUAGGGAGUUUUCUAUGCAUCUUUGCUGUUGAUGGUGUGUGCUUCACUUUUGGUCUACACAUUAAUGAAAUGAUUCACGAAGGACAGUUCAGAAUAAAUCCAUCUGACUCAAACGAAUCACAAAGAAAGCCAUCUUUAGCUUUGUUAAGCUUGCCUGGAGCAUUACUGUGUGGGAUGUAUUUUUUAUUUGGUCCGUUUACGGGUGCUCUGGUAAAUCGUUUUGGCUAUCGUAUAGUUGCAUCAGUUGGUGCAGUCAUUACUUCAUUAUGCUUUCUGAUAAGUGCUUUGUUCAUUUAUGAUUCAGUUACAUUCAUCGUUGUAUUCGGUAUAAUUGGUGGAAUCGGUUGUAGUCUAGUUUAUUUACCGGCAGUUACAGUUAUCGGACACUGGUUUGAAGAACAUCGAGCUUUCAUUGUUGGCAUUGUGAUGUGUGGUGGAUGUUUAGGUGCCGGUUUAGUGGCUAUUAUUACACCGUAUUUAGCAGUUAAUUUCUCAUGGCGUGGUAGUCUCAUUCUUAUUAGUGGAUUGUUUAGUCAAACCUUAGUUGGUAUAGCGUUAUUUCGUCCUGUCAGUGUACAUGAAAGAAUAAGAGCUAUUAGAUCAUUAAAAGAAGUGGAGAAGAAACAAACCAAACAAAAAAAGUACAAAUUGAAUUGUUUGCUAUCUAGUCAUAAGCCAAAACAUCAUUCUGUAAGGAAAAUUGCAAUUCAACGUGGUUCUAUUAUGGCUCGUAUUAUUGAAGAAAAAUCACGUCAACGAACUACAUCUACUGGCAGUUUAGAUGGAAUGGUAAUAACACGUGAAAAUGAACUUGUAGCUCUAUCAACUGAUGCGUAUGAAGUGGUCAAAGCUGCUGCUGUCAUUUACAGUGCUAAUACUAAUAAUACUGUAUUAAUGAAUGCUAAACAAAAGGAAGAAGUAGGAAUACAAAAUAAAUUUGAAGAAAAUCAAUUAUCAUCAUCAUUUGAAUCAACGUCUUUUGAACAAUUAAAGCCUAGUAAUAGUAUGAAUGCGAAGAAUAAUAGUUUAAGAUAUUCUCUAGAUAAUAAUCGUAAAAAUUUACAAACAUUAACUGAAGGAUUUCCUAUGUCAUCAUUUGAUCAAACAACAGAGAAAUUUCAAACAAACUCACAACCUCCUUGUAUUGCAGUACUUCCUCCGCCUGUGCAAUUCAGUCGUGCUGCUGUACGACGUAUAGCACGUGCAAUCUUACGAAAAUUACACGGACAAAGUAGACUGCCGUUUUCACCAUCAAUUACUUCCAUAUCAACUGGUUCGAGACAAGUUAUAGCAUCAUCUUUUCGAUUUAGUGGUGAUAAUCGUAUUGAUUCAUGUGCAAAUUUUAGUACACCAUAUACAAGUAGUUCACGAAAUGUUCAUUAUGACCGAGUCAGUCAAGUGUAUCUAUAUGAUCUAUUCCAUGGAUCAGUAGCUACAAAUAUAUGGAGACGAAAAAGAAGUUUAUUCGCCUCCUCUUUGUAUAGUGAAUUGGCUUCAAACGUUAGAGAUUCGGUAGCUUCAACUGCUCCUGUACGCCAUUUAUCAACGGCAGUGAACCGUUCUAUCUCUGCGCAAGAAUCUCAUAUUCGAUUGAAAUUAUCAACACCUGAUUCACCUUCAGCGUUAACAUCUUUAAUCAGUUUAGAUUCUUAUACAGGGCAUAUUAUAUCACGUGAAUUGAAUAGUCUUCUGUUAGAUCAAUCUACUAAACUAGCUAUACUGAAUGAUAUACGUCGUGAGUUAAGUCGUCCAAAAUAUCGUCCAGAUUUUUUCUACGCUGGUAAUAAACAUAAACUUCCCUUGUAUCAUGUGCCUGAAUAUACAACAUCUAAACAAUUACCAUGUGAUGCAAAUUAUGCUUUAAAAGAGUUAACAAUUCAAUCACAUAAUUCCACUGUAAAUCAAUGUCCAAAUCUAUUUAAAGGUGUUAUUCCUGUAGAGAAUAUCAUCUUAACUCGAAAUAAAUCACUUACACAUGAUAAUCAAAAAUUUGAUAUACUUACCCAUUCAUCAAAACAAAAUAAGAGUAUUUCUAAUCUUCAAAAAUUUAUUACUUCACCAAAAAUCAAUGAAUUAUUCUCCUAUCUUGCAGAUAUGUUAGAUAAUCAAAUACUUAAAAGUUUUACAUUCAUUGUUCUUUCAAUUGCCUGUUUUGUAAAUAUGUUAGUUUUUUUAGUUCCAUUUCACUACCUUCCACUUUUAUUGGAUUACGGUGGUCUUGAAUGUUAUUUUAAUUCAUUUUGGUGUCCGAAUGGAUUGACCGAUGAGAUUAAAUAUAACAGAACAUCUAAUCAAUUUGACCAAUCAACUGUUAGAUAUAUCAACGCUUUAAAGAGAAACUAUGCAUUUCCUAGUUCAGAAUCCCUUUUUUUAACGAUCGGUUGUGCUAGUAUUCUUGGUCGUUUAUUUGCAGGAUUGUAUAUUGAAAAGGGUUUGAAUACAAAUCGAAAAUUUUUGUGUCGAUUUCCUCUAAUGAUAGAUCCUAUGCUCCUGAACAAUUUCGCUUUAAUUGUUUGUGGACUUUCAGUUAUCUCAUUUCCAUUAGCAAUUCAUGGUAUUCUGUUGACAAAACAUUCGGACCAGUCUUCGUCUCAACGCCUUCUACAAGCAUGGUCUUUAAAGUUUCGGCGUCAUUUGUUAUAUCUCGGUAGUAUAGUGUAUGGUUUAACUAAUACUAUAUCAAUUUCUUUACGAAGUGUUAUUCUUGUUGAGUUAUUUGGUCUUCAUCGUCUGACAAACGCAUUUGGAUAUUUACUUAUUUUCCAAGGUCUUGGAGUAAUUUGUGGACCUCCAUUAUUCGGUCUUUUUUUGGAUCAAGCUUGUCAUGGAUGUUUAGAUAGUCCUCCAUUCUGUGAAUCUAUUCCAAUACAGUUUACAUCAACCAGUCAUAAAGAAUGUACAAUACGUUUAAUAUUAUCUUUUUAUAUUUGUGCAGGGUUACUCAUUUUGUCAAGUAUAUUAUUUAUGCCACUUCGUUGGUUGGCCCAACAUGAUCCAUAUCGUAAUGCACAUAUGUUACAGUCAUCAAUAAACAUUUUAAGUAAUACACCUCAAUUGGAUGAAGAUAUUUCAUUUUCACUUGGAUUAGGUCAAGGUGAAGUAUAUGAUCCUCAAGAAACACAGACUACGCAUGUACUGUAUGAUGAAAAUGAACUGAGUGUAAAAACCCAUUAAAGAACCAGUGGACAUUAUACACACCUGUAUAUAUAUAUAUAUAUAUAUAU